AUGGCGCCAACGCAGCUACCAGAGUCGGGCAAUCCCUUAGUCUUUUUCGACAUUACUCUCGGAGGCGAACCAUUAGGAAGAAUCACGUUUGAGCUUUUCAAAGACGUCGUGCCCAAGACGGCCGAAAACUUUCGCCAAUUUUGCACGGGAGAGAGCAAAGACGCCGUCGGCCGUCCGCAGGGCUACAAGGGCUCCAAGUUUCACCGUAUUGGCGGCGACUUUCUCAAUGGCGACGGCAGCGGCUCAACUUGCAUCUGGGGCUACAAGUCGUUUGAGGAUGAGAAUUUCACGCUCAAGCACGACCAGCCCGGUCUUCUCUCCAUGGCUAACGCCGGCCCAAACACAAAUGGCUGCCAAUUCUUCAUCACCACGGCGCUCACGCCUUUUUUAGACGGCAAGCACGUCGUGUUUGGCAAAGUCGCCGACGGCAUGGACGUGGUGCGAAAGAUGGAGGCGACCAAGACUGGGUACAAGGGCAAGGACGUGCCAAACAUGGAUGUCGUUAUUGCGCAGUGCGGCGAGAUGUGA